CCCCCAUUUGAGGAAAGAGCAUCUUUUGUAGAAUCUUUAACUUCUGAUCCUGAAAAUCAAUUAAUAGAAUGGUUUGGUUACAGCAGGAGUCAGCAGACGGCAGUCUUCACGCCAGUCCACAGCCUGUUUUGUAAAAGCUUUACUUCAUGGCACAGUGCCACAAGUGGCUGCAUUUGUGCCAUGGUAUUAGGUUUGAGGGACUUCAAAGAAAGUCUAGGCCUGCAAAGCCUAAAAUGACAUCAUCUGACCUUUUACAGAAAAUAAUUUGCCAGCAGCUAAGUUAAAAACAAAAAGGAUGUUAAGGGAAUACAUUUCUGGAGGUAAAAAAUAGAAUAGCAAAAACUGAACUUGGCAGUUAGGAGGCACCAUUUGUACUAUUCAUUUUACUAUUACCUGUCACUAUGACUUUCAGUCUUUUACCUGAAUUUAAGACCGUUUCCAUGUUUAAAACUGUAGAUGCUAGGGGCUGGGGAUUUAGCUCAGCGGCAUAAGCACCUGCCUUGCAAGCAGGCGGUCGUGAGUUCAAUCCCUGGUACCGAUAAAAACGAAAAAGACAAAAAAAAGAUAUUAUAAAACUGUAGAUGCUAAUAUCAUAGCAGUUGGAUAUUGCUUUUCCCAAGCAUUGUGAAUAAUCUUAGUUUUAAUGACUAGUGACUUUUUUUAAAAUCUUUACAAAUAUAGCAUUAUUUUGCUGAAAAACAGAUUCAUGGAAAAGAUUUUCAGGAAAUUAAGGUGAUGUUCCUACAUUUAUUGAUAAAAUUGUUGAUCAUUUUUCUGGACCAUUUUUUUUCCAUAUCCAAGUCCUUUAAUCUUAUAUAAAGGGCCAUCCUGUCUGAAAAAAAGAGUUAAUCAUUUAUCUGGCAAGCACCUAGAAAUAUUUUCAAACAAUAAAAUAUACAACUUGUUAUGCAUUAACCACAAACUUUUUAAGAAUCUCUGAGAUCAUAAUCUUCAGGAGUAAUAGAUACCAAGUAACCUUUUUUUUUUUUUUUUUUUUUUGGUACUGGAGAUCAAACUGUCAACCUCGUGCUUGCCAAACAGGCGCUUAUGCUGCUGAGCUAGAUCACUGGCCAGUAACCUUUAUUUUUAUACAGUUGUACAAGUUAUUGUGAUAUUUGCCCUAGCAUGAAAACCCUGGUGGAAAUUAAAUCAGUAUUUCUGAGUGUGGUCCAAAAAUCACCUGCUUCAGAGAGCCUUGUCUUUAAUGACAUUCCAAAAUGCAAAUUUCAAGCCAGACACCUGAAGUUUGCCUGUAACCUCAGCUACCCAGGAGCCUGGGUCAGUAUAAACAUGAGUUCCAAGCCAACCCAAACAAGAUUGUAAAGAAAAUAAAUUUCUAGUUUUCACCUAAGAACUAAGAACUUUUGAUUAUGAAUCUUUAUGCUCUCAAAUGGAGGGUCACUAAAAUGUUGGAAUUCAUCUUCAUUAAAGUUCAAGCUACCAAAAAAAAAAAGUUCAAGCUACCAUUAGUUAUGGAAUAUUAUAAGAAGAAACAAAUCAACUGUUUUGUGGCUUUGUGGCAUUGUUCAGUUUGCAAAUGUGCCUUUAAUUUCAGUAGAGACCAGGAAAUAAAAGACAGAUAGGAUAUAUCAGUUUUCACCAUUAUUAGCAGAGAGGUAUGAAAGUAUGUGCUGUACAAAAUAUUGGAUAUCAUUAAUUUUAUUUUAGAAACUGAGUCAGACAUUUCCCGAGCCCAUAGUGGUAACUGACAGCUUAAAUUUGCACUAGGCACUUAGAUCAAAAUGCAUUCUCACAAGUAAUAUUCUAGCCAGUAGUGUCAAAUCUGUAAUGCUACAGCCAGCCAUUUUUUACUGAAAGCUCUAAAAGGUUUGCUGUCACUACGCUGAACUAUUAUAUGGAAUACAUGCAGUAUGUUUACUACACUAAAAUAUUUAAGAAUUUUUCCUUCAGAAGUUAGGUCUUUUUUUCCAAUUGGAUUGCAAAUAAUGAUUUGCACUGUCUCUUUGCAGUAAGACAAAAAUUUUAUCUUAGUUUUUUGCUUUACCAAAAAGGUUUUAUUCAAAGAAUUUUUAUGUUAAGUAAAAUUAACUUUAUAAUUUGAUUGUUAAAUAAGACUAGUAAACAUACUACAAGGGCUUUUACUCUUUAAUUUUGUGAGACAAUUACCAUAUAUUGAUUAUUUACAAUCUACCAGGCACUUUAGUGGCACUAGAGAAAAGAUUGAAAAGGCGUAAUUCCUAACCAGUAUUCAUCUAAGGAGAACUUUUGGGUAAUAAAGGUAAGUGGCAAAGAGUAGUCGUAAUAAAGAAGUACAGAAACUUGUGUCUGAUUCUGCUGUGGGAUAGGAAAGCCUUUGUGUAGAAAUAUAUGUAAUCACACUGUUGAUAGAUGAAGAGCUGGUCCUAUGCCUGAAAAAAACAGAAAAACUUACAAGCCUAGGUGUACGAGAAAACACUGCAGGUUUGGAAUAGUUGAAUGCAGUGAGCUUAGAGUACAUGAAACCGAUGGUCUGCCCGGGCAGGGAUGAGGACUAGUUAACAUUCCACAUCUACAUUAGUUUAAUUUUCCUGCUCUUGAUGCCCUAGGAAGUAACGAGACUUGAGUGGUAAGUAGUUAUAAAUGUUCCCAAGCAUCUUCAUCUAACUUGCGUUCACACAAUGAUGUUGCAGGCUCCGCCCAGAGUUGACCCGCCCAGAGGUGACCCAAGGUGCAGACCAAGGCGGCUGCAGGCGCCCGGGGAGCCGCCCGGCCAGGCCCAGCCCUGCCUGAGCGUCCCGGUUGCCAGGGCGACGCCGCUGCGGUUCCGCACGCUCGGGAGUUGCCGAGACCGCCAGCGCCGUGUGUGUUUGUCCGAGUCUCAGGACGGCGCCGCCUGCGCCGUAAGUGCUAGUGCAAUAUUAUACUGCAAGUCAAUCAAUACAAUAAUUUAAGUCACUUUAAUGGAAAAGUAUGAAAAAUUAGCUAAAAUUGGAGAAGGGUCUUAUGGGGCUGUAUUCAAAUGCAGAAACAAAUCCUCUGGACAAGUAGUAGCUAUUAAAAAAUUCAUGGAAUCUGAAGAUGAUCCUGUUGUUAAGAAGAUAGCGCUAAGAGAAAUACGCAUGUUGAAGCAAUUGAAACAUCCAAAUCUUGUGAACCUCAUUGAGGUGUUCAGGAGAAAAAGGAAAAUGCAUUUAGUUUUUGAAUACUGUGAUCAUACACUUCUAAAUGAGCUAGAAAGAAACCCAAAUGGUGUGGCUGAUGGAAUGAUCAAAAGUGUGUUAUGGCAAACCCUUCAAGCUCUAAAUUUCUGUCAUAAACAUAAUUGUAUUCAUAGAGAUGUAAAGCCUGAAAACAUUCUAAUAACUAAGCAAGGAAUAAUCAAGAUCUGUGACUUCGGAUUUGCACGAAUUCUAAUUCCAGGAGAUGCCUACACUGAUUACGUUGCCACUAGGUGGUACCGAGCUCCCGAGCUCCUCGUGGGAGACACACAGUAUGGUUCUUCAGUCGAUGUCUGGGCUGCUGGCUGCGUUUUUGCUGAACUCUUGACAGGCCAGCCACUCUGGCCUGGAAAAUCAGAUGUGGACCAACUUUAUCUGAUAAUCAGAACACUGGGAAAACUAAUCCCGAGACAUCAAUCUAUCUUUAAAAGUAACCAGUUUUUCCAUGGUAUCAGUAUUCCUGAACCUGAAGACAUGGAAACUCUUGAGGAAAAGUUCUCAGAUGCUCAUCCUGAGGCUUUGAAUUUCAUGAAGGGGUGUCUGAAGAUGAACCCAGAUGACAGGUUAACCUGCGCUCAGCUCCUGGAGAGUCCCUACUUUGACUCUCUUCGCGAGGAUCAAGGGAAAAGAAGAGCGCGCAGUGAGGGAAAGAGCAGAAGGCGGCAGCAGAAUCAACUGUUGCCUCUCAUACCAGGAAGCCACAUCUCCCCCACACCUGAUGGAAGAAAACAAGUCCUCCAGUUAAAAUUUGAUCAUCUUCCAAACAUUUAGGAAAAUGUUCUUUCAAGUGUGAAGUAACUUGAUAUGUACAUAUUUUUGUACAAGCAAGAUAGGAAUUCAGUGUUUCAAAUGCAAAUGAGCCAUAUGAAAAUUAAGAUGCCUUCUAGAAUUGUUUUGGUCUGAUCGUUGCUGAUUCCUUUCCCUGUGCUUUUCACAUGCCAACUUUAUCUUUUAGAACAUUUUCUUUAAAUGUUGUAAGGCCUGAAACUGCACAUAUGGAGGAGACAUUUUCAAUUUCAUCAGAGCAGACCCUCCUUAAACAGUCUAUGCUGAGAAUUUGUGGACUUACAAUUUUUGACGUGUGAAAGAAAGAUUUAUGUGUCAUCUUGCUUCAGCUGACCCCAUCGUGUCUUAAAGCAAUAUCAAAUCUGCCUCGCCGUUGUUUGUGUCAGGAAUUACAGUAUUUUCCUGUGUUUUAAUUCACUCUCAUUAUGACCAGGCCUGUUGAACAAUACGAGUAGUUUAUUCUAUGUUUUUAUGUUGGUGUAGGAAAGGAAACCUGAAAGGUCGAUUCUUAGGCAGACGCGACUUUCUCUACUUUAUGAGACACUGAUGAUUCUAUUUUCAAGGCCAGCUAGAGAAAAUUCCAUACAAAUUCAAUACAUGGCAAAUAGAGGGCAAAUGAAAGGGAAUCCGCACCCUCGUGACAGUAAUGCCCUCCACUGAUCGGCUGUGUACACCAUGAUGCCUUUUCUUUCCCUCCUGGCUGAGUCACCUCAGUACCCAACAGUCCCCCUGGGCGUGUUGUCGGUCAUGGCCAGGACUUUCUUGCAAGCAUUUGCAGCUGUAGCGCUCUGCACGCAGCCUUAAACUAUUGGGUACAUCGUAAUCAACUUGAAUAUUGUAAGUGCUUGCAAAAACAGGUCAAGAUUAUCAUUCAGUUAAUUUCAUUUUGUGUUUCUUACAAGAAAUGAAGCAAACACCUCAAUAGAGAUACAGGAAUUCCACUGGAAUAUUUUCCCCAGUAAGCCACAGAGACACACACACAAUAUAUAUAAUUAUAAAAUUUGAACUAUCAUAAUAGGUGCUUUUUAUCCUGGACAUCUAAAAAAUGAAGCAGAAUAAUUAAACAUGCUUUUGGUUUGCCAACAAGGAACUCAUAUAAAAUAAUAAUACAGGGUUAUGUGUCACUGUCCAACAGAAGGCACAAAAUGGUGAUGUGGCCAUCAAUAAAAAUGAAAAUGCUUCAUCAGUUCUUCUGCUCCCAUCCUGGCAUGGUUACUUGUCAAAUUUUGCUAAUAAACCUCAUUCCAGAAAUUCUGUGUAUCUGGCACUCAGUUCAGUGUGUAGUGUUAUUAAGGAAACAGUAACACAAUGUUUAUACCCAACAGUGUGUUGCAUUUAUAAACAUAACGUGUAAGUCAGGUGGCGCACACCUGUGACCUCAGCACUCGGGAGGCUGAGACAAAAGGGCUGCCAGGAGUUUGAGACAGCCUGGGGGAGCUCAAGGCCAGUCUGGGUUACACAGCAAGGUUGUGUCUCAAAAAGUCAAAUGAAUGAAUAAGAUUCUGUGAACUUCCAGAGAAUCUCAGUCAGUUAUUUGGGAAUAUCCACUCACUAUGGAAUCACGGCAUCUAAACGAUAGUCAUUGCUCACUAGAAGGACUUUUAAGUGAUCUUAUUUGAUCAUUUAGCAUUAGUGUGACUGUAAACUGUUAGGGUCUGACUUUCAUGCUAUUAUCAGUAAUAUGCCUCUUCAAAUUUGCCCAUUUUCUUGCAUUUUUAAUAGGAUGAUACCACAGAUGCAAGGCAAAUGAGGAAGAAAAGGUAAAAGGCAACUUCACUGACAAAUUUCUUUUGAGUUUUCAGAGUGCUUUUUGUUUUCAAGUGAGCAGUCCUACUGCCAGCCCCCCUGUGUGCUGCAGCUCACCUACAUGCAUGUACAUAUAUACUUGCGUUCUCUAUGUAGUAUAAUGCAGCAUACAUGCAGAAAAAUAAGUCAGCACAUGCUUCUUUUACUCCUGUUGAUUGCAGCAGCCUUCUGUUAACAGUAGAUGGGUUGGCAGGGGUUGAUGUCUGUCUUCCCUUAUUGUUACUUUCAUUUAAGAAUUAGUUCAAGCUGCUGUACUGGUGCGUGUCUGUAAUCCCAGCAGCCUGAGAGGCUGAAGUAGGAGCGUUACAAGCUGAAGACCAGCCUGGUCAACUUAGGGGGACUCUGUCUUGAGAAGGGAUGGACACGUAGCUCGGUGAGGAGGCCCUUUUCAGUCCUUAGGAACACCACACACACACGCGCACACACACACACACACACACACACACACACACACACUCACACACUCUGAGAAGUCUAGUCCUAAGCCCAAGUCAUCAGUACUGUGUUCUUUCUCUCUAUAAAAAUAAUUGUUUCAAACUACCAUUGCAGGCCAGAGGUUUGGCUCAGCAACGUAAGUGUCUGGCUGGCAAGCAUGAGGUUGCAAGUUCAACCCCCAGUACAAAAAAAAUUUUUUGCAAACUACUAUUGCUCUGUCUCCUUUCCUUCCCCGUCAGUCACUAGGUAUGACUGGGGAGCGGAGAGGAGAAAGCAUCUAGCCUCACAGGAGUACUCCAGUGCAGUUUUAGGGUUAGAUUCCCACACGAGGAAAUCAACCUGAUGGCAUCCCCCGGUAUAUUUGCUUAGGUGUCCCAGGCCAUGUAGCAAAGCUUCGACCUGUGUGGCUGGGGACACAGCCCUCAAGCUAUGGCUCUCUUCUGGCUCUUCUGUCUGUCUGUGUGGCACACUUUUCUCAGUUCUGACUUCAGACCUCUCACCCCCAUGCUGAGCAAGUCUCCUUUCUCAGCCCUGUGGGAGGCAGCUGUGCUUAGGUCUCUAACCUUCAUUUAGCCAUGAGUUUUGUGACGUCUCCAGCCAGCAGCCUUACCCCAGGUGCUUCCCUCUUGAUUCCGUCACUAUGCCCUGAACGCAGGAGUCUCGUGCGGCCGCUGUGUCCUGCCUCACCCCUGCUGACUUCCAAGCCACUUAACUUACUGCUGCCCCAGGACUGCAGCACCAUCAUGAGCGAUGCUGGUCAAGUGCUCCCCUGUGCAACGUCUCUGAUGGCCUCUUACACUCUUGGUUUCCCUCAGACUCUCCAUGUUGCAUGUGCUUGAGAACUUGCAAACUGGGCUGCUGCUACUGAUCUCGGUCUGUCUGUGUGUGUGUGUGUGUGUGUGUGUGUGUGUGUGUGUGUGUGUGCGCGCGCGCGCAUGCGUGCACACACGUCUGCACACGCCUGAGCCAUUUUAACUGUACCUACCAUGAAAAAUGUCAGCUUUACCUAUGUCACAGAGCACAGUGGAGGACAUUAUUUAGAUUUCUCUUAGACCUGGAAGUCUAGGUGCUAAGAUUAUCUUCAAUCUCUGUUCAAUUCUGGAAAUUGUUCCGACUUGCUCCAUCAAGCCUUUUUAGCUGGUCACUUUUCGAAGAUUAAUUUAAGUACAGUGAAUCAUUUAAAAGUUGUGAUUAAGCUGAGCGUGGUGGCUCACGCCUAUAAUCCCAGCACUCAGGAGGCUGAGGCAGAAAGAUGGUUGCAAGUUCAAGUCCAACCUGUGCUACAAAGUGAGCUCAGGGCCAGCCUGCACUGCAUAGUGAGACCCUGUCUCGAAAAUACAUAAAAAAUAAACAGAAUAAAUAAAAAGUUGUGAUCAGGCCCGGGAUUUAGCUCCGUGGUGCAAGGGCCUGCCUGGCAAGAGCAAGGUUGUGAGUUCAAUCCCUGGUACCAAAAAAAUAAAAAUAAAAAGUUGUGACCAAGGGGCUUUCAAACCCUUAUAGUUAGGGAGAUGAUUGAGGAAAGAUGAAAGUAAAGCUUUCCCUGAGGCCGUACAGGGCUGGAGCGGAAAGCUCUUCCUCCUCCUGAGUUCUUCACCGCGUUGCUGACUUCCCAAUUACAAGGCAUAAGAACUUCACUAAGUUAUUUUGAAAUUUGAUUAAGUUUGGUUAAGAUGUUUCAUGCUCCUUUAGUGUCCUUGCCAUAGAAUUGAAAUUUUUGAAAAAUUUAGCACUAUUUUGGUCAUUUGUACCCCUAGAAAGUUCUAGUCCUGGUUUUGAUACAAUGUGAAUGGCACAGAGUCCACCCUACUGAAAAAAAAUUUUUUUAUGUUAGAAUGUAUCACCAGAAUUCCACAAGCAGUAGUAUCUUGAAAAAAAUGUGGGAGUCCUUGUAAGGUACUACAGUAGUUUAAUGGUAAAGAUACAGGUUUUUAAAAUGCGUGUAGUUAGGAUAUAAAGGAGAGAUACCACUCAUAGAGUCAAGAGUGUACCUCAGUCCAGUGACAGGCCUAACUGUGCCCAAGACCUUUGGUUCUGUGCCUGCCACAACACGCACAUGCAUGCAUGCGUGCACACACACACACACUGUUCUGGUGUACGUUUGUUUUCUAUUAAAAUCAUUAACAACUUCAUUCUUGUUUUAAUGAAAGCCUAAGGAUAUUUAAAAUAAUUAGAGACCAACAGAGAUCAUUUGAUCUGAGAAUUAGCACAGUCAGGGUCAAGGCUCAUGGCAACCCUCUGUGUAUUCUUGACACAGCAUGUAUCUCUUCUGUGCUGUUGUUUCCUGUUUGUAAGAUAAGAAGGUAGCUAAGCUAGAGUUCAGACUCCCUGCAGCCCUGCACUUCUGAUUCUCUGUAGCACUUUGUGUUCCUCUGUGUGUGUGUGUGUGUGUGUGUGUGUGUGUGUGUGUGUGUUUCCCACUGGAAGAGGCUUGCUAGAGGAUAUUUUUAAGCAACACCAAGAUAAAAUGUUGAUGUUUAUGAUCUAGCCAGGAGAUAUCUCCCUUCCCCUCCCUCUCUUCCUCCCACAUUACCCCCUAUAGUCACGCAAACACACUACACCUAUUGCAUCCAGGCAAUAGUAGCUCACAAACAACUGUUAAACAGAGGGUAAGUUUUAUAAACAAAAAUGAUGGUGAACAAAAGUGGCUUUUUUUUUUUCUGUAUUGAAGAUUAAACCCAGUACCUCAUAUGUACUAGGCAAAGUCCUCCUGGCACUGAGCUACAUAGAUCCUUCUUUUUUAUUUUAUUUGGAUAUAGGUUCUGGUUUUGUUGCUCAAGGUGGCCUUAAACUUGCAAUAAUCAUGCCUCAGCCUCCUGAGUAGCCAGGAUUCCAGCAAAAGUGGAUUUUGAAACUAAUUUUCCUUCGGGUUUUGUUUCGUUUUGUUUUUUCUUUUGCCAUACUGGGGACUGGAUUGAGGGCCUUGAGGCAAACAGUCCAGUGCUGACCUAUAUCCUCAGCUCUUCUUUCCUCCUCCUCCUCUUAUUUUGAGACAGGAGCUUGCUAAAUUGGCCAGGCAGGCAGUGAACUUGCAAUCUUUCUGCCUCUGCCUUCUGAAUAGCUAAGACUACAGGUGUGCAACACUAUACCCUCGCUAGAUUUUAGUUCAUGUAAAUAAAACAGGUGUCCUCUUAAAAUACAUAAGAAUAUGUAGUCAUUCAUCAGGGUUUAAUUAGGUUAAAAAUAACACAUACUGUGAAAUACUAAGAUAUUCAUUAGAAAAAAGAACAUUUAGUAGAUUUCUAUUUUCAGCAAAACCUCAGUAAUUUUAAUAAAUGAAAACUUCAUGAAAUUCUACAAAUAUAUCUGAAUUAUAUUUGUCUUUUUUGGCAACAAGGAUUUGGCUUAGUCAACUUUAGUUAGAAGCAUAAUUUAAUCAAACUGAGUAUGUCAAAUAGGCAUAUAAAUGGUCUGUAUUUUUAAUGUUAGAGGUUUUCUGUUUUGAUUACUACUGACCAACCUUUUCUCUAAACGUUGUCGUAUUGAAGAUACUAUGUCUCUACUUAUGAUUUUAGAAUAUAUAAGCAGUUCUAUUUCAAAUCACUUGAAAUUGUAGGUAUAAGCAUCUGAUAAUUAAAAUAACAGUAAUUUAAACUACCACAAACAAUUCAUUACAAAAUACUUUGUUAUGUUAAAUGUAUAUAAUGGAUUUUUAAUUUAGCUUAAGAUAUUUAGAAAGCCCAGAUAUAAGACUACUUUGGUGAUUUUAUACCUGUAUAUAUAACUUAAUUCUAAUAUGACGUUUGGCUUAUUUUAAUAAAAGCUAAAACUAUUUUGUCUCCUAA